AUGCCUGGCGUCACUUCCAACACCUCCAGCAAGUACAAUGCCAUCCCCGGUCCUCUGGGUUUGGCGUCGGCUUCGCUCGAGGGCAAGGUCGCCUUGGUAACUGGUGCUGGCCGUGGUAUCGGCAAGGAGAUGGCUCUCGAGCUCGGACGUCGUGGCGCCAAGGUCAUUGUCAACUAUGCCAACAGCGACUCGGCCGCCAACGAGGUCGUCCAACAGAUCAAGAAGAACGGCACCGAUGCCUUCGCCGUCAAGGCCAACGUUGGUGAGGUCGACCAGAUCGUCCGUCUCUUCAAGGAGGCCAAGGAGAAGUGGGGCAAGCUCGAUAUCGUCUGCUCCAACAGCGGUGUCGUCUCCUUUGGUCAUGUCAAGGAUGUCACCCCUGAGGAGUUCGAUCGUGUCUUCAACAUCAACACCCGUGGCCAGUUCUUCGUCGCUCGCGAGGCCUACAAGAACCUCGAGGUCGGUGGCCGUGUCAUCCUGAUGGGCUCCAUCACCGGUCAGGCCAAGGCUGUCCCCAGACACGCUGUCUACUCCGGCAGCAAGGGUACCAUUGAGACCUUUGUCCGCUGCAUGGCUAUUGAUUUCGGUGACAAGAAGAUCACCGUCAACGCCGUCGCCCCCGGCGGUAUCAAGACCGACAUGUACCACCAGGUCUGCAGAGAGUACAUCCCCAACGGCGACAAGCUCGACGAUGAGGGUGUUGACGAGUACGCUGCCGGCUGGUCCCCUCUCCACCGUGUCGGUCUCCCGAUCGAUAUCGCCCGCGUCGUCUGCUUCUUGGCGUCGCAGGACGGCGAGUGGGUUAACGGCAAGGUCAUCGGCAUCGAUGGCGCCGCUUGCAUGUAA